AUGAACCUCGUGGGUAGUUACGCACAUCAUCACCACCAUCAUCACCAUCACCACCCGCACCCCACGCACUCCAUGCUCCACGAGCCCUUCCUCUUCGGCCCGGCCUCGCGCUGUCACCAGGAAAGGCCCUAUUUUCAGAGCUGGCUGCUGACCCCAGCAGACGCGGCCCCAGACUUCCCCGCUGGGGCGCCACCUCCCACCGCCGCAGCAGCCGCCUCCGCCUACGGCCCAGACGCCAGACCUGGUCAGAGCCCCGGGCGACUUGAAGCGUUCGGCGGCCGCCUGGGUAGACGGAAAGGUUCGGGACCCAAGAAGGAGCGAAGACGUACCGAGAGCAUCAACAGCGCGUUCGCGGAGCUGCGCGAGUGCAUCCCCAAUGUGCCGGCGGACACCAAACUCUCCAAGAUUAAGACUCUCCGCUUGGCCACCAGCUACAUCGCCUACCUGAUGGACGUGCUAGCCAAGGACGCACAGGCUGGUGACCCCGAGGCCUUCAAGGCUGAACUCAAGAAGGCUGACGGAGGCCGCGAGAGCAAGAGGAAAAGGGAGCUGCAACAGCACGAAAGCUUUCCUACUGCCUUGGGCCCAGUCGAGAAGAGGAUUAAAGGGCGAACCGGCUGGCCUCAGCAAGUCUGGGCGCUGGAGUUAAACCAGUGA